AUGAGAAAUAUUGCGUGGCUCAAGGACACGGUGCCGUCGGACAGGCUCGUGUUUGUCGAUGGCGAGGACGGCUGGGGCCCGCUGUGUCGCGCGCUCGGCAAGGACGUGCCGCGCGGCGUGCCGUUUCCGAGGAUUAAUGAUGGCGAGGCCAUUGAGCGGUUGUCUAAGGAGAUGGCGCUGCAGGGACUAGUGCGCUGGGCGUGGAUUCUGGCUGCGCUCGCGGCGGUCGUGGCGCGCCGCUUUGUCGUCAUUUCCGCCUGGUUGUAA